CAAGCUGGGCGAACCUGGUAGGGGCGGGGCGGGAGCUGCUACGUCAUCAGCGCAUGGGGCCGCGGGGGGGCGGGGCUUUCGCCGGCACCUGUGUCCACCUGUCCGGCGCCUUUCGCUGCUGACCCCGCCGGGCGGCUCCUAAGGGCCCAUGGAGCCAGUGCAGCUGCCCGACGCCGACGCCUUCCGGGCCUUCCAGGCUCAGUGCGAGGCGGGGGGCGGCUGGCAGAGCAGGUACAGCCGGGAGGGCGUCGGGGUGUGGGUGCAGCCGCCCCCGCCCGCCGGCCCCGCCGUGCACACGGUCAAGUGCCGCAUUGACAUCCAAGAUGUGCCAGCGGAGACGGUAUAUGAUGUGCUGCAUGACAUUGAGUAUCGCAGGAAGUGGGACAUGAACGUCAUUGACACACACGACAUUGCCCGUCUUGCCACCAAUGCUGAUGUGGGCUACUACGCCUGGAAGUGUCCAAAGCCCUUAAAGAAUAGAGAUGUGGUGACACUGCGAUCCUGGCAGGUUGUGGAUAAAUCUUACAUGAUCAUCAACUUCUCUGUGAAACACGCGCAAUAUCCUCCCCGAAAGGACCUGGUAAGGGCUGUUUCUAUCUUGGCGGGAUACUUUGUGCAGUCGACUGGACCAAACAGCUGCACCUUGACUUACCUGGCUCAGGUGGACCCCAAAGGGAAACUGCCAAAGUGGGUUGUGAAUAAAGCUUCCCAGUACCUGGCACCAAGGAUGCUGAAGAAGAUGCAUAAGGCCUGCUUGAAAUACCCCUCCUGGAAACAGCAGCACAAUGUCAGUGUGAAGCCCUGGCUGUACCCUGAGCAGAAUAAGCUCCCCACCAUGAUGCUGUCAGACCUGGCACUCCAGCAUGCUGCCUCUCUGGAGAACAUUGACGAGAGCAGCCUGUCGGAGGUGAAGGAUGAGAGAGGAGACCACAGUGGCUCUGAGAACUGAUGCUGCUUGGCUCUUUUCCAGGAGCAACACUGCACUAGACUGUUUUUGGACUCUUCCUGACAGUUUUACAUUAAAGGGGGGAAAUG